GUGCCGCGAUGGCCCGAAUCACAACGGGACUGCCUCCUCGCUUCGUUUGCCUCGCCUUGAUCCCGUUCCUCCCUCUCCUAACUGUUCCACCACCGAGCCUUUCCUCGGCAUCAAAGCUUCCUCCUCGCACUGCUUUAUCGCAUUACAUAUUCUCCCUUCUUCUCCGGCCGGACAUAUCAGUUGCUUCUGCAGUCCACUUCGUUGAUUUCCUCUUUGGAUCCGUCGUGGUUCGAAUCAAGUUAAACCAAGGCGCCAUGGCUUCCGUCGCCGAGGAUAAUGCUGUCGUCACUGAUCACUGCCCCAUUGCUUCUCUUCCCGACGAUCUGCUAGUCGACGUCUUUCACUGCCUUGUGCCAAUUUCCCACCUUUCAUCCGCCUCUUCUAACCAGCAGAACCCGCCUACAGCAUCGUCAUCAGCGACGUCGUCCAACACCUCCUCCCCCUCGCAAGCCUCUUUCCCGUUCGUGUCUCGUCGCUGGCUUCGACUCGCAUAUGUUGCGACCACGUCUUUCCGCCUGACACGUCGUCCGGGAAUCUCAGCCUCACAGCUCCUCUGCGCCGUUAGCCGCAUGCCAAGGCUUGAGUCUCUCUGGAUCGAUGACGAUCGUGUCUGGACGUCCCUAGCGCUCGAGGCGGUGUUCCAAGGUUGCACACGUCUGAAGGAGCUCGUGCUCGACUGCCCGCCCGCCAUCACAGAGUUUCCUUCCAGUGUCACAAACCUGGCUGGACUCCUACGUCUCAUCAUGUCUUCAGAAGGCAGCAAUUUUAGCCUUCCUAAAGACAUCGGCAAGCUUCAUGCUCUGAGAGUUCUCUACUUGGCAGUUCGUCGUCUCACAGUGCUGCCCGAAAGUCUUGGCAACCUUGGCAAUCUGCAGGAGCUGAAGCUCAACGGCUGCUGGGGUCUGUCAGCAAUACCCGAGACAAUCGGGCGGCUCCUGAAACUACGUGUCUUUCAUGCCUGGGGUUGCGGCACGCUUCUCUUCCUCCCUGAUGCUCUUUUCAGUUGCACUAGCUUGGAAUUACUGGAACUCUUCACGCCAAACCUGGCCAGGCUGCCGGAGAGUAUCGGGCAGUCCCACAGCCUUCGGCGCCUCAUCGUACGCAACCGCUUCAGGGGUAUACAGCUGCCUGCGUCCUUCACGAGGUUGUCCUCCCUUGAGGAAUUGAAGUUGGGUUCAUGCCUUCAGGAGCUGCCAGAAGGCUUCGGGAAUCUGACCAAUCUCAAAGGCCUGGAGCUGAGUCGUUGCCCUAGGCUCACUCUGCCCUCCUCUCUGCCGCAGCUGUCUCUCCUUGAACGACUUGAGAUCAAAGGGCAGCAGAUGGUUUCUCUCCCAGAGACCAUAGGGCAGCUGCCAGCACUCAGAGAGCUCCGUAUCUCCAGCUUCAGCAAUCUCCAAACCCUUCCUAAUUCCAUCGGUCAGCUGCAGCAGCUUCGAUCCCUAACACUCCGCAAGUGCAGCUCACUCCGAGUGCUGCCAGAGUCCCUGCUGCAGCUCAGUGCUUUGGAGAGACUCGAGUUUUUUUCUCUGCACACUCUCCUCCCUCCCUGAGGACAUCCACCUCUUGACAAGCCUUCGAUGGCUGAAUCUCAGCAAGUGCCCAGAAAUCAGUGAGCUGCCUGCCAGCAUCUCCUGCUGCCCUUCCCUUGCGUGCGUUAGCAUCCAAGAUUGCCCCGCUCUCACAAACAUCCCUGGAGGGGAUUGGCAACGGUUUAUAGUGCAGCAUGACGGCCAAGUGCUCAUGCGCCAAGUGAAUCGGUAGGAUGGAUGAUCGGACAGAGUUGAGCAGGCACGGGGGAGGUGGUGGUGAAGGGGGUAGGGUUUCUCAAAAUUUGGUGCUCCAGUGGAUGGUGAUGCAUGGCCUAUAGAU